CAUAAUUAAAAUCAAUUAAUUAUUUUUAUUAAGUAAAACAAAUAAUAUUUUUAAUAGUUUUAUAUAAAAUUAUUUUAUUUUUUAGUUAGUCGACUAGUUUAUUAAUUUUAAUUUAAUUUUUUUAAAAAAAAACUAAAAAUGAAACUAGAUAAUUAUAUUUUCAUAUUUUCAAUACUAGCUAUCAAUUUAGCUAAUUGCGAUGAUCCCGAAGCCAAUCAACUGGUCAUACCUGGCGAUAAUGACCAAUACUAUCCGUUUAAUUUUGCCCAACUAUUGGUUGAAAACGGUUUCAACCGAUUGGAUCCAAUACAGACACGUCUAGUGGAUCUGAUGGACAACAAUGAACAGGUGUUCUUCCAGAGCACUGUUACCUUAUGGGUUGACUAUGAUUUUGUUAUCCGAGAUGAUAUUACCGUAUUGUUAGAUGACUGGGACAGGAGUCUAGAUUAUUAUAAGGUUAGACAUAAUAAGCAUCAUAAACAUCACCAUGACGACGACGACGAUGAUGAUGAUGAUGAUGAUGAUGAUGAUGAUGAUGACGAUGAUGAUGACGAUGGUAAACGUAGAAAACGUGAUGACGAUGAUGAUAAAAAACAUCAUAAACACAAACAUGAUAAACACAAACAUGACCAUGAUGAUUUUGUCAAUCGAUUAACCAGGGUACAAACUAGAUUGAGACAACUGCGCCUGUAUAUACAAUUGACAUUUGAUCGGGUAUUGGUUGGCCGCAAUCGGCAACAAACUGGCCGUCCAUCCGUUUACCAGCAACUGGGACUGGUUCAACUAACCGGCCAGUUUGCCCAAAGUUUGGCACCACUGGCCACCCGAGAUACCGGUUCCCGACAACGUUACAGGCGUGCAUUGAGCGGUAUGUUUCAGACAAUACAGGCGGCUAUGAAUUGGUCGUUGAGGCGUCGGCUACUGUCACUGGCCAUACCCAAUGAUCAGUCAGGUACCUGGCCUAUUGGUGGACAGCUACCUGGCCAGGUUACCAUACCUGGACAGUACCAGUAUUUGAUUGACUAUAGACAAGAGUGGAACCGACAGUUCAAUCAGAUUACAAUUACUGAUGGACUAAAACAACGGGAGUUUCGCAUAGACUACCCGAACGACCAGUUCCUCAAAGAUGGCCAACCGUUUCGCUAUGUUAGCGGUUCGCUACACUAUUUUCGGGUACCGUCGGUAUUGUGGACGGAUAGGUUGGCCAAAGCUCGGUUGGCCGGUCUGAAUGCCAUUCAAACGUAUGUCGAAUGGAGUUCACACGAACCGGAAGAGGGUGUCUAUGAUUUUGAGGGCGACAACGAUUUGUUAGGUUUCAUCAGACUGGCCAACCAAUCGGGUCUAUUGGUUAUACUGAGAACCGGUCCGUUUAUUGAUGCGGAACGGGAUAUGGGAGGUCUACCCUACUGGCUAUUGGCCCAGAAUCCUAAAAUGGGUUUACGUUCAUCGGAACCGUCAUAUUUGGCAGCUAUUGACAAAUGGUAUGGCCUAUUGCUACCGAAACUUCGGCCAUUGCUCUACCGAAACGGUGGUCCCCUAAUAAUGGUUCAGAUAGAAAACGAGUACGGUAGCUACCCGAGCUGUGACUAUAGCUACCUGAAUCAUCUGAGACAACUACACCACAAAUACCUGGCCUCGGAUACAGAAGUUGUCUACUUUACAACCGACGGUGCCGGUGAUGGUUAUCUUAAGUGCGGCAAAAUGGACGGCAUAUUCGCUACGGUUGACUUUGGUGUCGGUACUGACGCGUCCGAGGCUUUCCAGACACAGCACCGACACCAGGAAAUGGGUCCCAAUGUUAACAGUGAAUACUAUACGGGUUGGUUAGAUCAUUGGGAACAUCCGCACGAAACAGUGGCCACUGGUCAGGUUGUCGACGGUUUAGAUAAAAUGUUGGCAUUGAAUGCAUCAGUAAAUCUUUAUAUGUUUCAUGGUGGUACCAGUUUCGGGUUUAGGUCGGGUUCAAAUGUUGGCCAAACGUUUGACGUAUGUCCUACUAGUUAUGAUUAUGAUUCACCAUUGGAUGAAUCGGGUGAUCCAACAGAUAAGUACUAUGCUAUACGUGAGACCAUCAAAAAGUAUUUGCCACUACCUAACGGUACAGUACCCCAGCCCAGACCAAAAAUGCAAUUACCACCGAUCCAGAUGCUACCUGUGCUCAACAUGUAUGACCUACUGGCUAAUCAAACAGCACCUGUCCGAUCGGAUUAUCCGCAAUCAUUUGAACAGUUACGCCAAAGUCACGGGUUUGUACUGUACUCGACAACCAUCAACCAAUGUCGACCAUCAGAUCCGGCUGUACUAACCAUCAAUGGUUUGGCCGACAGGGCUCAUGUAUUUGUCGAUAAGCGAUACGCGGGAACCGUUAGCCGUACACAAAAACUGUAUGAACUGGGUUUGGACAUUGAAUAUGGCCAACAAUUGGAUAUACUGGUUGAAAAUCAGGGACGACCAUGUUAUGGGAACGACAUCAAGGAGCUAAAGGGCAUCAUCGGUAACGUAACACUGGGACCGGUAGUAUUGACUGAUUGGCUACACUAUCUAUUGUUUAGAAAUUGGUCCGAAAUUGUCGAUAUAGUUGAAAAUCAUGGCACAGAUACUGUACCGGCACCUAUACAUAGACUACCGGCAUUUUUUACUAGUAAAUUUCAAUUACCGGCCAACACCACCCGUGGCCAACCAUUGGACACUUUUCUACGGCUAUCGUCUACAGAGGGCUGGCAUAAAGGCCAGGCAUUUCUAAACGGUUUCAAUUUGGGCCGAUAUUGGCCAUCGGUUGGUCCACAAUUAACAUUGUAUACACCCAGACACCUGUUCCGACCCUAUCCCCAGUUAAACCGAUUGACACUAUGGGAGUUGGAGUGGUCACUACCGACUACCCGGUCAUCAUCAUCAAUGACCGUACAGUUUGUUAGCUCCAGGAUAUUGAACGGUACGACACCGUAUGCCAGCUAUACUACUACUAAUAAUAAUAAUAAUAAACCAUAUGAUAAAUAUAAUAAUAAUUUAAUUAAUUAAUUUAAUAAAAUAAAAUAAAAUGCAUUUA